AUGGCGGACGAAGAUGGCGACGUUUCUUCGAAAUCGCACAGAAAAAAACAAGCUGGACCCAAAGCAGAAAAGAAGAAGAAGAAGAGACACUCACCCGAAGAUGCAAGUGCUCAAAGAAAUCCCAAAGCCUUCUCAUUUAAGUCGGCCGUCAAGGCAUCUCGUCAAUUUCGUCGAAAACAAGAUGUAGAAACAAAAAGGCACCAUGAGCCUACAGUUGAUCGAACACCAGUAGAGCCGCCGCCUUACAUUAUAGCCGUGGUUGGACCACCUAAAGUGGGAAAAACAACACUCAUCAACUCACUGCUCAAGAAUUUUACCCGUCAGCAGCUGUCUGAUGUCAAAGGUCCGGUUACUGUAGUCUCAGGUAGGUUUUACCACUUAUAGUUAACUUAAAAGGAAAAUUAGUGCGGUCUAUGGACAAUAUUAGUACCCAAUGGAUUGAAUUUAAGUCUACAGUGAAACAGCCAGUGUCUAGUUCAGGGCUUGGAAUCACAGUAUUAGACUUGGAUACUCUGUAGAGUGGCAUUCACACUCCAAACUCACCUGCAGUCCAAACUCACUAGCAGAUAAUUUAUGAAUCCCCUUUCAUCCCUCCCUACUGUUACUACUACAUGUACGAUUGAGCAUGCUCACAUAUGAAAUACAGCUGUAGGGUGCUUUCCAUUUUGCCAAACCAAACAGUCAGAAAACGUUGGAAUUAUCAAGAGAAACUGGAACGACAUUGUUUGAUUGAAACAAAGUUUUCAAUUGAACUGGAGCGUUCCAUUUGGGUUUUGACCAAAAUUUUGAUUACUGUAGUACUGUAGAGUACUCUACUGUAAAGUAGGACUAGAAACAAGACGUUUUGUAAAUGGAAUGGAAAGUUUUGGUCGGACCGGAUCGACCAAGGGGGACCACAAUGGGAGGUGGACCACUUUGAUUGGAAAAUUUUAUUUCUAUUUUGAUACUUUAUUGGAGAAAAACUGCAGUCAUGAAAGAAUAAACAAGCUAAACACAUGAUUAAAGAAAUAAAAUAAUGACAAUGAUGAUAAUAAUAAUUAAAGAACAAUUGCAGAUCCUCGAAACGGCAAGUGUAAAUGAUAUCAUAGACCCAUGCCAGGCACUGCCCUGAUCUCAAUUAACUUAUUUUACCCUUGGAAAGAACCCUAGAUGUACAUUAACGGAAGUGAAAAAGGUAAAAGGAGGUGAGUGUGGUAGGCACAGUCACUUUAACCUGUGACAGGGACUCGUUGUGAGGCUGUGCCAUCAACCACAACACAUUGGACCUUCUCUCUCAGGCAGUUCUUAAACCAUGGCACUGCAUGCCCUCAGCUUGGCGAGAACGACGUUGUGGUCGGCAGAAUCAAAAGCCUUUGCAAAGUCCAAGUAAAUAAUAUCUGUCCGCAUGUGCUUGUGUAAAUAUUCCCCGAUUUCAUGUAGAACAGAUAGAAGCUGAGUAACACAUGAAUAGCUCCUUAAAAACCUGUGCUUAAGAUGAGUUAUUACUUUCUUCGGAUGGUUAAAAGACGAUUGAAAACCAGUCGCUCCAGAACUUUGCUCACAAUGGGCGGAAGCAAGAUGGACUGUAAAUUUCCUGCAGCUUCCUUUGCAUUCUUUUAGUGGAUGGAUGUUACAUUGUACGUCUGCAGAUUUUAAUUCCUCAGGAAUUUGACCUGUGCAGAUUGAUUGGUUGAAGAUCACGCACAAACCUGGGGCGAUUUGGGUGCUGCAUUCCUUUAUGAGCUGGGGAGGAAUUCCAUCAGGACCAUCAGCUUUCAAUGUACCGAGUCUGUUUGGACAGCUCAUCACAUCCCCUACUGGCACUUCAGCAUGCAAGUGUUCUGUAAUAGCCCUCAGCAGCACCAUGCAGACUGAAGCAUUCCAUUUAUUUCUCAACUGAAAUUUCCAAAAAUUUUGGCACAAAUGGAGAGCACGUAGUUACAGUCAAACCUCUCUAUGGCAACAACAUUGGGAACACAAGGUUUUGAAGUUUUGAGCACACAUAAUUUAUACAGAUAUCAUUAAGUUACUUUUAUCUCCGUAUAAUUAGGAAAGAAAAGACGCCUUACCUUGCUGGAAUGCAACAAUGAUAUCAACUCAAUGAUUGAUGUGGCCAAAAUUGCAGAUCUGGUAUGUUCAAGUAACAUUAGAGACAGUAUAGUAUUUAAAGUAGUACCUUAAGUUCCUCUUCAAAAAUUAUGGUGAAAGUGUAGGCUUUUCUUUACUCAACAUUGGGUAGUCAGUCAAAUCCAAGAGGGCAGUUUAUCUCUCUUUUUUUGGCUUUUGAAUUAAUAGGAAUCUAUUGCAUGUACAUGGCAGCUAGGCAACAUUUUGUGUUUUAUUGACAUGGCCAGGAACUUCAAGACCUUUUCUGGCAUUAAUAGUUUUAUUUAUUUUUAUUAAAAAAAAGAAAAAAACAGUACAACAGAGAACUGCAGUUAAAUAGGCCUUUCUUUACAUUAAAGUAAUUUGAUUUAUUCAGUAUUUAAAUCCCAAUUCUAAUCUUUGUUGUAAAGAGUUAAAUUUUUUUUGGUUAUAUCAGGUCCUUCUUCUUAUUGAUGCCAGCUUUGGGUUUGAAAUGGAAAUUUUUGAAUUUCUGAAUGUCUGCCAAGUGCAUGGUUUUCCCAAAAUCAUUGGAGUGCUGACUCACCUAGAUCUGUUGAAGGAUAAUAAAUCUCUCAAGAAGACCAAGAAGAAAUUGAAAACUAGAUUUUGGACUGAAGUGUACCAGGUACAUAAGUUAUUAUACGGUUUAUUUGCAGUUCUAAAUAACAUUAAUAUGCCGUAAACUGAUGUCACAUGCAACCUUGAACUUCAGAGUUUUGACAGGAGAUGUUAAUAUUUUUGUUUUUGGAGUUAGUACCUGUAUACAUGUAUAUAAAUAUAUGUCAUGCAUGUACAGGCUGGUAGAGCUGUAAAUCAGAUCAUGUAGGUAUGUACAGCAUAAAAGGUGAAAAAACAACUUUUUUCAUUAAUAUAGAGAUCAUCCUCUUUGAGCUCCAUACAAGCUUCUCAAAGUACAGAUAUAUCUCAAAAUAAAGUGCGGCUACCAUAAUGAUUAUUAGUAAUAAGUAUGUAAUCAGAAUUUGAAUGUUGUGGUAAUUGUUUUUGUUCUCAUGUUUUUUUUGUAGGGAGCAAAAUUGUUCUACUUGUCUGGUCUGGUUUAUGGUUCUUAUCCCAAAGUAGAGGUACACAACCUAGGCAGGUUUAUUUCUGUCACAAAAUUCCGACCACUGACUUGGCGUGUUUCACAUCCUUAUAUCUUAGCAGACAGGUAUGUACUACAUAAAAAACAUGUUCCAUUCACUGUAUUAUUUAGUAAACCACUACAGCAAAGAUGUGGAGAACCCAUAACAUUUUAUUAAAAAUGACUGCAUAUAUAACAAGAUUAUUUUAUUAUUUUAAAAAAAAGAGUGUUGUGUUGUACUUCUGGUAAUUAUUGUGGUUAUUAUAAAAUUGCUGUUGUUGUUCAAUUUCAAGUAAUAACAUUUUAUUAAAAAUGACUGCAUAUAUAACAAGAUUAUUUUAUUAUUUUAAAAAAAAGAGUGUUGUGUUGUACUUCUGGUAAUUAUUGUGGUUAUUAUAAAAUUGCUGUUGUUGUUCAAUUUCAAGUUCAAGUUCAUAUACAUUCACACUUAUUCAAUUACAAUACAACAACACUAAGAAAAAAGAGAAGUAAAAACAAAGCUAACUAGACAGUGAAUUAAACAUAACAAAGGAAAAAAGUGUGUAGCAGCCAACAGAGCCAAGCUUGUGAGUUAGCUACUACCACAGAGCGGUUACAAGUGGGUGGAGGUUAAACAGUACUUAUGAAAAACUAUUUAAAUUAAAUAAUUAUAUAAAUAGAGCUAAAUAACAGAUUAGAGUUGUUCAAGAUGCUUGACUGUCAAGUAGAAAGAGUUGUUGUUAUGAUUCAUCUCUCACAAGACUUACCAGUAUGUGUGCAUAUACAUUGCACCUCCAACAACAAAAAAGAAACUGAUCAAGCACUUAGUCAAGUAGCUAUCUUACUGAGUCAUAUUUGUUGUACUCACCCUAGCAAAUAGUUUUCUUCCUUAUUAGAAGUUUAUGUUUUCAGAAUGGAAGAGCUGACAGACCCAGAGCUCAUUCGGCAAAAUCCCAAGUCUGACAGGAAAGUGUCAUUGUAUGGAUAUGUAAGAGGGACUCAUCUUAAGCACAACUCUAGAGUGCACAUUAUUGGUGAGUUGAAUGUCAUUGUAUGACUAUGUCAGUAUUAACUUGUAAUAAACACUCUAUGCUUUGAAUAAAAAGGGUGUUUAAUUUUGCAUCACUUACAUGUAGCCUGAAUCUCAGACAAUUACAUUGAGUUGUUUUUACUCCCUCAGUAACAGACAUUGCUGAGAGGAGAAAACGACUCGAAGUAAUCAUGUGAAAUUCAGGUUAUGCAUUACUGUGGUUAAAUGCACUUGCAAGUUAACCAAUAUCAAUGAAUAUGGGACACUGUUAGUAACAGAUUGUGUCAUUGUUGAUAGUCUCGUGUAUAAAGUUCAUGUAUAACUUUAUAUUCUAACAUGUUCUUGUAGGUUGUGGAGAUCAUACUCUCAAAGAAAUAAGCCUUCUACCUGACCCAUGUCCCCUUCCAAAUGCUGAAAAGAAGCGUUCACUGAAUGAAAAGGAACGCCUUAUUUAUGCACCUUUGUCUGGAGUUGGAGGAGUAGUAUAUGACAAGGUAAAAAAUAUCUUAAAUUAUUCUUAACAUGUUUGCUCCUAAGAUCGCUUCAAAAAAUAGGCACCCAACAGAAUGAAUGUGACUACAGUGUACAUUAAUUAUUAAGAAGUGAAAAAAAGUAAAAAUAAUUUGUUAUCCAUUCAAAGAAUGGCAUUCACUGCAUUCCUUUACUGUUGAAACCCAUGCCCUUUAGAAAUUGGCUCAUGGGAUCCUUAAGUGCCUUAACCACUUUGCUGAAAGGGAUCAUUUUUGAGAAACAUACAAUGUUAAGACUCAAUUGCAUACUUCCAACUGGUUUUUAUUCAUUUUGUUUGGCCCAAACCAUCAGAAUGAAAAAGAACCUUACCCUUGCUAAAGAAGGAUCUGCAUUUAUUUAUGAAGCAGUUGGAUUAAAUGAGCUGCAUGAUAUGUUCAGAAUAAUUUAACUUCAUACUGGUGCUUGCUACUUCUUUCUAGGAUGCUGUGUACAUUGACCUUGGUGGAAGUCAGGCUGCAAGCAAAAAUUCCAAAUCUUCAAUACAGGUGAUUCAGCAUUUUCUUAUCAAUAUAUAUCAAAGUAGUUACUUUAUUGCAUUUUUGUACAUUGUUGAAUGACUUACAUACAUACAAACUUUAUUUAUCUGUAAGUGUCAAAAUCUUCUAGCAUUUCUAAGGAGAAACACUUUUACCUAAAAAUUAGUUAUUGCAAUAAUUCAGAUUUAUCACUACAGCUAAACUAAUUAUUUCAAAAUUUGUUAACACAUAAAUGCUGCUAAAAGUAGUUAAUACAAGAUAUUGGGUUCUAAAAAUGAAAUUUAGUAUCUUGUAUUAACUACUUUUAGUGGUUAAUACAAUGCAUUUUAAUGAUAACAUUAUUUUAUUUUAGGUGGACAGUAGACCAAGCAAUGAAUUAGUGUCAUCUUUGAUUGACGCAAAGCAAACGAUUGACACCAAAAUGAUGACUAGUCAUCUAACAUUAUUUAAGGUGAGUAAAUUUUUCAGGUGCAGUGUAUGCUGUAAAUUUAUGUAAACUUACUUUUAUGCUGUUGUAACACAAAUAAAAAUGUGUUGUGGUUCAAUUUUAUCCUUGGUUUCAUUUUCAUUUUCCUUUGUUUUGAGGUAUGAUAAUGAGUUUGAAACAAAAGAAAAUUAAAAUUAAACCAACGAUAAAACUGAACCUCAACAAAUGCAUCUUUUUGGACCUCAGACUUCAAAUUCAACUUCAAGUUACAGCGUAAGGCAGUUUUAAAAAAAAAUAAUAAUGAUAAAUUUCCUUUUUAAGUGUAAUCCUUAAUAACCUUAGAAAAUUUUGGAUCAAUCUAGGUUUCUGAGAAACUGCCCACCUACCCCUCCCCUAAGCCAACAUUUUGCCCUAAGUGUAAAUGUUAGCUUAUGGGAGGGGUAGGUGGGCAGUUUUUAUCCAUGCACAUGAAUGGUAGGAGUGGGUAAGCAUAAAUGCAAACGUUUCUGUUACAUUUGCGUUGGGUCGUUUUCUCGCACACAGAACUACACAAUAUACAGUGUUACAGGGUUUUCUUAUAAAGAAUGUCGUUAUUAAUAAUUUCUUUCCAUUCAGGAUGGUGCUUGUAUAGCCCCUGAUGAAGUUGUCGAGUAAGUGUCAAUAUCUUUAUUGCAAUAUCCUUUUUUGAUUACUUGCAAGAAUGAACUUAUCGGCCUUAAUACAUGUUGUGAGUUGAAUUUUAUGGUUUACUUAUAGUACAUCUUAAAAGAAAAAACUCUCAGUAAUUUCAAUUUUUUAGGGAUGAAACCUUAAGACAACCUUCAGAGCUAGUUGUGACAGACGAGAAUGGCCGCACAAGAAGAAGAGCUCUUUUCGAAGGUGAUCAAGAGGAGGAUGGUGAAACUAACAAAUUAAGGGACGAAAAAAAUAAGUUUCAUGAUGCAGAUAAUAGUGAUGACGAUGAUUAUGAUAAUGACGAUGAUGAGGAUGAUGAUAUAGAGGAGAAUUACGUCAUCAUGAAUGACAACGAAGAUAAUGACGAUAGUCAAAAAGACGUUGAAAUAUUUGAGGAUGACGUCGACGAUGAGAGUGAUGAUAUGGACAGUGGAAGUGAAGCUGAGAACGAUGAAGAAAUAGUUUUCAAUUUUAAAUCUAGUAAACCAAAAAAAAAGGAACAGUUGUCAAAAAAGCGGUUGACAAGCUCAAAUAGGACUACAAAACGUCCGGCAGACGAAAAUUCAGAAGAAGUUUCAGAACCAGACGAGAGUGAUGAAGUUGAUGUCUCAGGGUCUGGUGAACAGAACAAUAACGAUUUUAACAAACAAUCAUCCAGCGACUCAGAAUCAGACUCAAAGAUUGAAACAUCAAGGAGAAAACGAAAAAUAACACACGUGUCAAAUGGAAAAAACGACAAUGAGCAUGUUGUUAAGAAGAAGUCGAAAAAGGAAACAAAAAGUUCAGAACAAAAGUUAGAAGUUCUUUCUACCAACCAAGGGAAAAGUGCCAAAUUAAAGGAAAAGAAAGGGGUUGAAGGGGCAAAGCCUGAGGAAAGCAUGGAUAAAAAAUCUAAGGAAACCAUUGAUAGUGAGGACGGAAAUGAAGAAUCUGAUGCAGAGGAUUUGGAUGGUGAACAAGAUGAGGAGGAUGAGGAUUCGAGUGUUGAAUUACAGGAAGAAGGUAUGCUGAAUGGAUAACUAAAUUGGCCUCAAUUGAAAUAGAUAUCUGCUUUUAACUUGAUUUCUAGAUGAUUAAUGUAGUAAGUAAUUUUCUCACAAUUAACAAGUUAAUAGGCGAGCGAGAGUCUUCCAGUUCAAUAGAUAAACACGCUAACUAGCGUACUUUAUGCAAACAGCGACAUAAAUAAAUCCAGUUUAAGGUAAAUUAAUGCAUAGAAUUCGUGAAAUGUUUACUUGAGGAAUGGACCUCUUUGACGUGCGUAAUAUAGAUUAUAACACACUUCACUUAGCCAAUAAGCUUCCAGAAUUUUGUGCAGACCAUCAAGCUUGUUAUUAAGUAUUAGUAAAAUAAAAACUGAAUUAAUAAUGUCAAGUGCUAUCAUGGAAUAAAUUCCAGAAAAUUUUUUUAUAUAACAUGUCAUUCAGAGCAGCGUACGUCGUUCGACCCCGAAGGUGACCGCCGUUUCCCUUUUUUGGGACACCAAUAAAUUAUGGUGGACGUCACGUCAUGUGAAAUCGAUCAAUAGGAAUGCUCAUUUAAAAUGACUUGACGAGUUUUAUUAUUUCAUUUAUUUUUUAUCUAUGUAUUAUUUAUUUAUUUGCAUGUUGUGCUUUUCCUGGUAAGUAAUGCCUUUUUAGAUGUUCUUCACUCAGAAUCCAGGCUUAUAGAUCUCGGUUUUUUUUAAAAUCUGAUUUGAAGGUUCCUUGAGGUGGAAAGAAAACUUGGCGCAGAAAGCUGCAGCAGCCUUUCUCCGUCGCCAACAAGACACUACAAACCUACAGAAGCUUGUGUACGGCAGCGGUAGGAUUUGAACUUCAUGACCACGGGGCCCAGGAAUGAAACGGGCAGAUGAUCAUUAUUGUUGUUGUUGUUGUUGUUGUUGUUGUUGUUGUUGUUUUUCCUUUGUCUUCCCCGUCCCCACCCCUCUCCUCCCUGUAUCCAAACUGUUUCAAUUUUUGUGGUUUAUAACAGUCUCUUUCUUCCUAUUCAGCUCUUGCUUCGUCCUCAGUCUUCUCUCCCUUUGUUUACAGUAUAUCGCCUGAAAUUCUUCCUAGCAGUGGAAGACGUUUUUUACAUGUAUUAGGAUGAGCAAUUAAAAACAAACUCUGCUUGCAACAUGCCUCUUGAAAUGUAGUAUAAUGGAACCUCGAUAUAACGAAUGGCCAAGGGACUGGCAAAAACGAAGAUUUUUUUUUCCUACAUUUACUGUUACUGGAGCGAAAAAUACCGUUGUCUCGAGUACUUCGUGAUAUAGAGGUUCGUCAUAUUGAAGUUCCACUGUAUUAAAGUGUAUUUAUAUCUCUUCAUUUUGCUUUCUUAAACAUGUUUUCAGUUCUUCAUAAAACCAAGGAACAAGAUGCAGAUUCCGACAGUGAUAACGACACAGUAGGAGGUAUUUUCAGACUUAAGACCAAAAAAGAUUCGAGACGCUUAGGAACCAUGCACGAGAGAGACUGCACACUAGAGCCGGCCAGUACAUCGGUAAGAGACUGGAGCCAACCGGAAGUGCUUCAGAGCAUACGGGACUGUUUCGUCACUGGCAAAUGGAAAGAUUCUGAAGAUGCUGAAGCGUUACUUCAACACGAUGAUCAAUGUAUGUGAAGUAUUUAAUUAUUAGAAAAAUACGUUUAAAAGGCCGUGAGGAACUCCCCACUCCUUAUGACCAGCUUGUUUACAGGACCACCUUGUUUUUCAACUACUAUUGGUGAUUUUCUUAUCUGUAAACCUUUUUAAAAAGGCCAGAGUUUCUUGGCCCUCGGAUAGUCACAUCUUCAGGGCUUCACUCCAUCGUAACAGGCGGCCUGGUUUGUCCUUAUUUGAGCUGCAAAAAAACUACUUCUACUUGAAACUUACAGUGUUUCUAGAGGUGUAUUAUUUUUCAUGCGUAAGCAUCAUUAGUUUCAGUAUCACUCUGUUUUAGCUUUCCAUCAUUAAAUGUAAGGGUUGAUUUUCAAAUUUUUCCAUGUAUUACGUUUCUUGUUCAGGACGUUCAUGAACGUUUACACUCCUCAGUCUUUCUAGCUUCCCUUUUACUUAGUGCUAUAUUGAAAUGAAAGCGUCCUUGAUCUGUUUUGUUGAACCGCUAGUGUCAGAUGAUGAAGAAAUAUUUGGAGACUUUGAAGAUCUGGAGACCGGAGAAGUCCACAAAGCGGCUGCCAACGAAACCCCACAGGGGGAGGGAGAGGAGUCCGAUGGAGACGAAACAGAUGGGAAGGAUCCCGAAGGAGAAGAAACUAGCAGAAUUGAAAAGAAGAGGAAACAGAAAGCUGCUUUUGAUGCGAUGUAUCCUUUCUAGCCUUUUUGUCGAGCAUAAAACUUGUUUAUACUUUCGUUUAUCUUCUGGGUUGAGCUUGAAUGUGUGAGUUAUUCCCUUGACGUUAUUUAGAUAUGAUGAAGGUGAUGAAAACUCGUAUUAUGAAGAGCUGAAGGCGCAAAUGUCAGAACAGGCGCAGGUAAAAUGGUUGUAUAUGUGUAUUUAGUGUGUAGUUCUAACUUUUGAGUUUGUGGAUGAAGUCCUAUGGUGUGACCGUUCAAAUGAAACGGUAGUUUCGCAUAGUACUUUUUAUUCCUUAGUAUUUUACGAAAUAGUUUUGAAUUUUUAGAAUCAUUAUUUUGUGUCUGUCUUUCUGUCAUCAGCUAAACCAGUCUGAGUUUCAAGACAUGGACGAUGAAACACGCGCGCAGUAUGAAGGGUUCAGACCAGGGGUGUACGUCAGAGUGGAGGUUAGAUUAGUAUAUGUUAUCCUGUUCACACUAUUUAGUUACUACUCUCUCUCUGCUCGGCUGAGACGUUCAUGGUGGUUCCCAGUGGUGCCAACAAACAGUCGACCUCCAUACGCUUCCAAGUGUUGCGGUCCUGUGCUAAAAAACUAAUUUCGUGAGAAGAGGGGGGAUCUGCACUGAUUAGCUCUGCAGCAUAUUCGUAGAAUAGAAUUUUACGUCCACCAUGUCUUGGUUUACCAUGUGCCGGUUGGUACAGAGCGUGUUUAGAAAUAAGGUCCCCCUCGUGGCACCGAAGAAAAUGGCCCAUGAAUCUGAUCUGUUGGGCUUUAACUGAUUGGGAAAGGGGAACAGCUUCCUUUCUAUCAUGGAAUACCUCGUUGCUAACAUGAUCAGUACAAGAAACACCAAGUAUGAUUCUAAGGCAAAACGUAUGGAAGAAAUAAAGUUGACAACAAAGGCCGGAUGUUAGGACCCAAGACUCACAGCCAUAUAGAAGUUUAGUUCAGUUUAAUGGCUUAAACCAGCUCUACUAUUUCAGCUAAUUUUUUAGUCAUUAUUGUUCUUAUUAAUUUCAGUUAGGUGAGAUGCCCUGUGAGUUUGUGACCAACUUUGAUGCUAGAUAUCCAAUCAUUCUCGGUGGUCUUCUCUCUAGCGAGGAUAAGAUGGGAUUUCUCCAGGUGAGUGCACUAGAGAACACGGUUUGUGCUAAUUGCUUUUACUAGUUUCGCAUUCCCAAAAAACCUUUUUUUGCGUUAUAAUAUCCUUCCAGGCCCGUUUCAAAAAGCACCGUUGGCACAAGCGCAUACUCAAGACUCGAGAUCCGCUGAUCAUGUCUAUUGGCUGGCGCAGAUUUCAGACGCUUCCUAUGUACUCGAUCCAGGACCACAAUGGCCGUCAUCGUCUGCUGAAGUACACUCCAGAACAUUUGCACUGUAUGGCUACCUUAUUUGGUACGUAGAAAAUAUACUUCCUCCCUCGAUCUUGACCCUAGUGGUCAUAACGCUCGAGUCCCGCUCUGACCGCUCGCUGGAUUUGUUUCUCGAUAGCCAUGAGUUGAACUCCUUGACAAAGCUUGUAAAUUCAGUCGAACCUCCAAUAACUCUCUUCAAUGACCACUUUAUUUUGUCCUGGCGGACGGUGCGUACAUUUACUCUUAUUUAAACCUCUCUACAACGGCAACGGCCACUAAAGCGUGUCCCCAACUGCCAAAAUAACCUCUCGACAAUGGCCAGUUGUUUAGCGACUGAUAAAAAAGUCAAAAAUGGUCAUGAAAUUUGAUCCGUAUGACCCGUUGAUGAUUGUUCGCGGUAGUCGUAUUUUGAUUUUGUUUCAUUUAUACUGCUUCAGUAAGCAUUAACAUUUUGAUUGAAAACAUAAUUCAAGCUUUUUGUAUGUUUUAUCUAGUCGACAUGUAUAUAUUAUUUAUGACUGGAUUACCAUUAUGGGAUACAGUAAGCAUGAAAUUAGUACAAUAAACAUUUUGUGCUCCCUAAAAAAAUCUGUCAUGUUACACCCCUACCUCCCAAUGGCGGCCACCUCUCCACAACGGCACUUUGGUCUGUCCCAAGGUGGCCGUUGUGGAGAGGUUCGACUGUAGUCACCUGGAUCCUUUUAGAAAGAAUUUCUAGCGUUAUUUUUGGGUUUGAAGUUUUGCACGGCCCCACUAGGCUUUGCUAUAAGUACUGUCAACGGAAAUAUAAAGAUCUAAGUUUUUCUUCCCUGCAUGAAUUCGGGACCCUUUUCCCAUGGUGCAAUAUUACGUCAUUUCACCUUUGCAUGUUACGUUCGUGUUAAUAAAGAAGAUAAAUAAGAUUAACGAACGUUUUGUUACUUAUCAGGACCAAUCGCGCCUCCUGGCACUGGUAUUCUCGCUAUUCAAAGCACAGCAAGCAACGUGGUAAGAAAUACUUUCAUAGCACUGUUUGGAACGAGUUUUUUAAUUAACUUACGAGCCCUUAAAAACAAUAGCGGCUGUGUUUCCAAUGACGAAUGAAAUUAAAGGUAGCUUCAGGUUUUAUCCCGCAGUGAGAAGUUGCUAAUUUCGUUGAUUCUGUAAGACUGGAAUCCCGAUUUCUCGAACCUCGCUAUAAAACCAACCAACACUGACUUAAACUCUAACCCCGAUUUUUCGAGUCUCCCGGUGAUUUAAACAGACUUUCCUUUUGCUGAAUUUUUAAAUAAUUGGGAUUCCGCAAAGAAAGGUUAUAUUCUUAACCUAGUGACACACGGUUUAACGCUGGCUUUUGAUCAACAAAAUUAUUAAUGUUAAAACCUUUGUUGAACCAAUGUUGAAUAGUUUUGUUAAGUGAUUUUGAACGUUGGAAACAGGUAUUCCACCUGCUGAGCGUUAUUGGCCGAAAAUAGAGAUGGACUCUAUUCCGCGCAGUUACAAAGAAAAAAUGCAACAUUUGUUGGGCUAUAAAUGCGGAACCGUGUCACACACAUAGUGGUGGAGACUGAGUAUUCCACAUGCUAAGCGUUAUUGGCCGAAAAUAGAGAUGGACUCUAUUCCGCGCAGUUACAAAGAAAAAAUGCAACAUUUGUUGGGCUGUAAAUGCGGAACCGUGUCACACACAUAGUGUUGGAGACUGGUUACCAAACCCGGCUUGGAAACAACGGUACUUAGAGUUUAUGUUGGAAGCGCUCACUAGCUUUAAGCGCGGUGCAAAAUUGGAGCUAUGUCACACCGAGAACUAGGUGACUGAUUGCAUGACUAAAACAGUUUUUAUAUGUCAUAGUUAGAGCAUUUUUAAGUCAAUAAUAAGUAUACGUAUAUGUAUAUAGUAUAUACGAUAUAUUAUCGUAGCUAUUUUUAAUUUAAUUAAACUUUAAUUUUCCAUUUAUUAUUAACAAUUAGAUCUGUAAAUUAGUCUUUUUCUCCUUCUUCUUUCUUUGUUCCAUUUUGUAAAUUAAAUAGGAAUAGCCACGUAGUGAAGAUUUAAUAAAGAUACUGUACUUUACUACUGGAGCUCCGUGAGCGUGAAACAUCUUUUGUUUUUGGCGUACAAAUUGUAACUGAAUGAAUAAAAGGCACAAAUAAUAGUAACAACACUAAACGUUGUGCACGGUCAAACCCUAAAGAAGCUAACAAAAUCGUCUGACAGGCUUCUCGAUGAUGUUGAUGUCGUGAUAAUGUCAGUACUUUUAAGGGCCUCUUCUUAUGAGUCCGGUUACCGGGAUGCAUUACUCCUUGGGUUCAUAUGAGACAUUUCAGCCCAGUUUCCGAGAUGAGAAAAGGUCAAAGAUCCUGGUGACCAGGUCUGGCGCCAAAUUCGGAAAAAAAAGCAAACAUGGCGAGACAAAAAUUUUAACUUACUGGCCUAUCAUAGCUCGGGUAACUCUUAAAGCUGUAUCACUGCAGUUUCAUGGGAUGCUUAUGAUAUGGAAAAUACUGCAGGCAAUGCAAGACGAUGCUAUCCGGAACGCUAGAAUUCAUCCCGCUGUUCAUCCCGGUAACCGGGGUGAAGUGUUCAUAUGGCAAACUUUCCAGCCCGCUUACCGAGAUCUCGGUUGAAAAAACCGAGAUCUCGGGAACCGAGCCAGCCCGCCCUCUCAUAUGAACACAUCGAAAAUUUUACAAAGGAUUUAGAGAUAAGGCGGGAUCUCGAAAACCGGGCCAGUCCGGUCAACCGGGCUCAUGUGAAGGGGCCCUGAGAAACAGAGUUCGUUUUUCAUCUGGAGGUGGGGGUAAGAAACAGUUUUACCCCAGAUCCACUUCUAUCCCACCCCUAAUAGCCAAGCGAAAGCAUUACUACGUAAUAAACACGAACAGGAGCGGGACAUGGGUAUAGCUUGUGUAUGACUGUUAUAGAAGUAUAAACGGAAUCAUGAACUGUUCCGCAGUGGCGAAAAGUUUCUAGAGCAGAUAAAAACGAAAGGAAAACGAUACAUGAACUUUAUCUCUCUGAGCUUUUUGAAGGCCUGUUAGUAGAGAGAAAAGUUGCCUUAUACAGAUAUCUGUAUCCGCCUUGCUUCAAAUUUACCUCUCUUGAAGCGACAUAAAUUUAUACGUUACUUAUCUAUUUUAGUUUUUAUUCGUAGGCUGACUUUCGUAUUUCAGCGACAGGUACUGUGUUGGACUUAGACAAGUCUGUACAGCUUGUUAAGAAACUCAAGUUAACAGGAACACCCAUGAAAAUUUUCAAAAACACAGCCUUUGUGAAGGUAAUACAUUGUAAUCUUUUUCAGAGUACUUUUGCUUGGCGUUGUCAUAUUUCCCAAGGGUAUUGAAAUAAACUUCACGGCUGUAUGAAAAGGUGUAACUUCUGUGGGCAAAAAAUAUCUCCUUAAUGAACUGGGUAUUAUGUUAAUAACAUACAAACAUAGUUUACUCUUAAAGCAGCCAACUCUAAAGAAAGUUCGAAAACUCACAAUAGAAUGUAUCAUGACCAUUGAGGUCUUCUUGGUGUAUUUGUCUUCUGUGUGUGUGUCCGUGGUGGCUGUACCUAGGAUGUGGAGGGGGGAGUACUUCCUAUUGUAGCCUGUAAGGGAAAGCUCCACCCAAAACUGGUACCAUUUUCAGGCUUAAGAUAUAUAAGAGAAUUGGGUAUGCAUGAGUUGAAGCAUAUGGAAGGGUAGAGAAUUCUGUCAUUUCGGUAUUUAGAAGGGUUUAAACUCAUUUUCAUAUGAAUGGUUGUGCAGUGGACCUUGCUUUGAAAAGAGGUUUAUGACAACUAACUUGGAAAUUGGCUGGGUGUUUUUUUGUACAUGUUCCCGCGCUGAUUUGUAGUGUCAUUUAUUCAUUUGUUUGUUUACUGUACUUUAUUUUAUGCAGGGAAUGUUCAACUCUGCUCUAGAGGUGGCAAAAUUUGAAGGGGCUACCAUACGGACUGUCAGCGGUAUAAGAGGACAAGUUAAGCGUGCACUUAAGGUAUGUUUACAGUAUUUCAUUCCGCGGCGUAGUCCGUACUUUUUGAUCUGCAGUUGAUCACCAACAACCUUUAUCGAUUAUUUUUCUGUCAUAGGGUUGACUUUAAACGGUCACUAAUCUUUUCUCUUUUAGACUCCUGAGGGCGCUUUUCGUGCAACAUUUGAAGAUAAAAUUCUGAUCAGUGGUUAGUCCUUUUGUUUCGUUGUUGUUGUUGUUUUUUAAGUGGAUGAUUCAUUUACACUGUACGAAAUCCAUGAGAAAGAUGUUUUUUUAGUCAGUGACUUAGAAGGCUGGGAAGAAAAAGUCCCUUUCGUCAUUCCUCUUUUUUAAGGAGUGAUAAAUCCUGGACCCUAUCUAUUACAAACGUCUGUAAGAAUUUGCGAAAUUUGUGCAUUAAACGUGAUCAGUUUGUCGUUAUUUUGGUUCACUAGAUAUAGUGUUUAUAAGGACCUGGUACCCAGUGUCAGUGCCAAAUUUCUUCAACCCUGUCACGUCACUACUUCUGCCGCCGGAUCAGAAAGAGAAAUGGCAAGGCAUGCGCAGUGUCGGUCAGUUGAGGAAGGAUCUGGGACUCAAAGCUCCUGUGAAUACUGAUUCGUUGUACAAGGUUAGUCACCUCCUUUACUUGGACAUACAGAGAUCGUUUUCACAUGACGACGGCAUCGAAAACAUCACUAUUGAAAAAGAUUCGCUGCUUUUCAAACUUGGUCGCGAUUAUUCCGAUUGGUGUAAAAUCUCAAAUAUUGGUGAAUUUCCCAGGAAUUGAAUUCUUGGGCACCGCCACCAAGUUCAGAGGGAGAAAGAGAAAUUUGUAGGCUUGUGUUUAUGUCCUCCAUAAAACGUCGCCUGAGGUAAUUUCAAGUCGCAGUCGUACAGUUACGGCAAAGAAACGUACAAAAAAAGGAAGCUGCACGUGAGAAGUUGUUGUUUUGAUCAUAAAACCUUCUGCUUUUUUGCCGCUCUCGUUGACGUCGCCGUCGUUGUGCUAAAGCUCCCUAUUCUUGUACAAAGCAAUGAAACGGUGGCCAUGUUUGUUACCGAAAAAAUCGUCUAAGGAAUGAAGCCUUUUCUCAUGAGUUGAUGUUAAAACCCUUUUUUGUUCCAAGAAAUUUGCAGAGCUGCUGACCACGCGAGUGAAAACGAUCCGCACGUAUAACUAUUUUCGAAUUCGAAUUCACUUACAUUUCACUAACAAAGCUAUCUUGGGUGCCAGAGACUGUUCAUGUGCGGUUUCCGAUUUCUGUCACGUCUUUAUAGUGACCUAAGUGAAAAGCGUCUUUGCCGCUCGUGCCUUGGCCCUCGGAUGAAGAAGUGUCGGCCUCGACUCCGUCGCACUCGAUCGCCGCACGCGAAGAAAAAACUGGCCUCUGGUAACCAGCUAGUAACAAAGAAAGUGGACGCAGAGACAGGCUAUCUCUUUCUAUGUUAUCGUUCAUCUUACCAAAUAUUUACAUUGCACCAUAGAAGCUAAGAAAAUUAAUGCCGUGUACUAUGAGAGUUGUGGUUUCAUCUUAUUUAAGUUGAUAUGUAAUUGUUUCGUUGUCAUAAGAAGUGUUAGGUUGAAGGUGAUCUUUUAUUUUUAAUUACAGCCUGUUGAGCGCGUUACUCGACACUUUAAUCCGCUCAAGAUUCCCGUCAAACUUCAGAAGGAGUUGCCGUUUAAAUCCAAACCAAAACUAAUGAAGAAAAGAACAACACCGUCACUGGAAAGCAAACGAGCGGUUGUCAUGGAACCCAAAGAGAAAUCCGUAAGUAACGAUUAUGUAGUUUCUACAGAUAGGAGGUAAAAUGAUUGGUUGUGAAAUUGUUUUCUUGCUCAUAUCUAUCAAAGAGUCUUUUUAAUCCGCGUUCCAUUUUCUGCAGGCGUUCAUUUUAAUGCAGCAACUCUACACCGCCAACAAAGAGAAACAGCGAAGGCGAAAGGAGAAAAUACAGGAAAGAAGGAAUGUGUUCCGCGCAGAACAGGAGAAGAAAAAUGUGAAGCGAUUACAGAAACAGAGAGAAGAACGAAAAAAGAUCUUCCGCAUGAUGGGGCAAGCGGAGAAACGGAAGAAGAGGACUUGAUUUUGUAGGCAAAAUGUCAGUGUUAUCUUAUGGUUCGGGUUCGUGAUGAUCUUUGUCGUGUUACAUGGAUACCGUUUGAACAUCUUUUCUGCUAGCAGAGGUCUCUCUCUCUUCUUUCGUGUUGCCGCCAACCACAUUUGUCUCCGAAACUUACUGGUUUUCAAAACUGUUUUUUUUUUAAUGUGGAAUGGGCUUUUCCUGUUCAGACUGCAGAGACUGGAAAUUUCUGAGCCCACAGUUCUUAUCGCGCAAACCGGUUCUGUAAGUUAUGUCGCACGUGACUAAAACGUUGCUGGUUGUUAAGGAAACGCCAGUGCAUGCGUGAUAGAAAACGCAUCGGAGGCCUCCAGAGGUCUCUCUUUUUUCUCCUUCUUCUCUUGACGUGAAAGACUCACGCAGGAAAGUCGAACAUCAGAAAAACUGUCUUCUUGUGAGAAACCUUCUUUUUCUUCUUCAGUUCUUCUAUGGGUUCUCUCUUCGAACCGAACUCCGCCAGGGCAGAGUGGUUGUGGAAAACUGA